AUGAGUGCUUCUGAUAACAAGGUCGACACUGAAGUCGAAGGCCAUGAAAUCGACCAGCCGCAGACACCGCAGCCCCAAACCCGACGAGCGCGCCUCAAGGCUGCUAUCUGGGAUACAUGGGACAAAUCGCCAGAAGAGCGCCGUCUCGUGCAGAAGGUCGACUGGUGGCUGCUGAGUUAUGCCUGCAUUGCAUAUUUCAUCAAAGCCCUGGACCAGGGUAACACAUCAAACGCCUACGUCUCCGGCAUGAAAGAAGCCCUCGACCUCAAAGGCAACGACCUCAACUACCUAACCACCUACUGGAACAUCGGGUACAUCCUAGGCCAGAUCCCGUCGCAGCUCGUGCUCACCAAAAUCCGGCCCUCAAUCUGGCUCCCAGCCCUCGAGUUCCUCUGGAGCUGUCUCGUAAUGGCCCUCGCCGGCGCCAAAAACGUCCAGACAAUCUUCGCCCUGCGCUUCUUCAUAGGUCUCUUCGAGGCAUCUGCUUACCCCGGCAUCAUCACCUUGCUGGGGAACUGGUACACACCCGCUGAACUCGGUAAACGAGCCGCCAUCUUCCAAGCCUCGUCUAGCGCGGCGAAUAUGUUCUCCGGCUAUCUCCAGGCGGCGCUGUAUUCAGGCAUGAACGGCCGCGCAGGUCUCGCAGCUUGGCAGUGGCUGUUCAUCUUCGAUGGGAUAUUAGGCAUCCCCAUCUCGCUAUAUGGAUUCUGGGCGAUCCCCGAUUCACCAACCGACUCGCGAAACCACUGGCUAAGUAAAGACGAGACGUCGCGCGCAGCACAGCGCAUGCGAGACGUCGGCAGGGCACCAGCAAAGAAACUCACCGUGCGCACGAUCCUCGACGUCUUCCGCUCCUGGCCGGUGUGGCUGUUCUCGACUGUCUUCAUUGCGCAUGUCCUUGGGCUGCGCAUCUACUCGUACUUCAAUGUCUGGCUGAAAUCGACCGGCAAGUACACGACGGAGCAGGUGAAUGUGAUCCCGUCGGCGGGGUAUGGGCUGCAGAUUCUCUGCACGCUGAUGUAUGCGUGGACCAGUGACUAUAUCCAGGUGCGAUGGCCGGUUAUUGUGCUUGCUUGUGUCCCCGGGAUAGCUGGCACUGCGAUACUGAGUGUCUGGCCGGAGCAGAACACGGCUGCGAUGAUGGCCGGGUGGUUACUGACGUAUGCGGAGACGGGGGCUGGGAUCUUGUUUACCUCGUGGGUGAGCGAGACGUGUGGCUUUUCGGCGGAGCAUCGGGUUAUUGUGAUUGGGGUGAUGGAGGCUGUGGCGUUUACAUUCAAUGCGUGGGUGCCGCUGCUGGUUUAUAAUACGGGGGAGAAGGCGCAUUUCAGGAUUGGAUAUCAGAUGGCGGCGAUGUUUUUUGCGGUCGAGUUGGUGUUGACGGUGGGGAUUGCGGUGGUGGAGAGGAAAUGGCCUGCGUGGAAAAGACAUACUGUCUAA